AUGUCGACGUCGAGGAGAGAGUCGCCUGUGGGCAUGACAGGGCCCGCAGAUGGCAGUGGGGUGCGGAUCAACGACGCGCGGCUAACGCUGGCGCACUCGCCAGUGCGCGGGCCAGCAGAGGAUGAGAACGGGACGGCGGACGGGAGCCCCGCGCCAAAGCGGCUGAAGAUGGCGGCGAUUCCGCGGCUGGGGCAGCCAGGCGGGGGCGGGCUGAUCUCGUCGCCGCAGCCGAUCGAGAUGGUGAACGCGGAGCCGCUGGCGCUGACGAGCCCGGUGAAGCGGGCCGAGGACCAGGACCGGGUGGACAGGCAGGACGUGCUAGACAUCCAGGACGACCUCAAGGCGGGGGCUGCGGGGACGCCGGAGAAGGAGGGCGCGUACGAGAAGAUGACGCCGGUGCGGCCGCGCGCGGAGGCGCGCAACCUCCGAGCAGAGCUGGAGCAGCAGGGCAGCGAGGGCUGGGACGGGGUGGCAGCGCUGCUGGAGGAUAAGAACCGGCUGAUCGGGUCGCUGACGGAGGAGGUGCGGCGCGUGCAAGACGAGCUGUGGCGGCAGACGCAGGCGCGGGAACAGCUGCAGGUGGCGGCGUGCCGCGCGGCGGAGCGCGUGCGCGGGUUGGAGGCGGCGGAGCGCGAGCAGCGCGCAUUGGCAGCAGCGUACGAUGAGCUGCUGGGCAAGAAGGAGAAGCUGGAGGCGCGCGCGGAGAAGCUGAAGGCGCGCAUGGCGGAGCUGCGCAACGAGCUGACGGUCGCGGUGCAGAACGCGCAGAUACUGCAGGAGAAGUACCACGAGCAGAUCGGCGCGAACGAGGAGCUCGAGCAGCAGUUGCGGGACCGCGCGGAGGACGCGCAGGCGACCGCUUCACGGCUGGAGGCGGUGGAGGCGGAGCUGGCGUCCCUGCGCGAAGAGCUCGCGGCAGGCUCCCAGAAGCUGGCUGCGGCAGAGCAGGGCCUGGAGGACGCGCGCGAGAAGCAGCGCGAAGCCGAGGGGAGCGCGGACGCGCUGCGCGAGCAGCUCACGGAGAAGCAGCAGACGAUCGACGAGCUACGCGCCGCGGUCGAGCAAUAUAAGGAUGCGCAGUCGCGCUCGUCGUCGGAGCUGGACGCGAAGGUUGCCGAGCUGACGGAGGAGAACGCGCUCAUCGAGCGUGAGUACCAGAAGCUACUGAAGGAUUAUGAUACAGAGACCAAGCAAUUGGGCGGCCAAAUGCAGCAGCUCUCACAAGAGGCCGAGGCCUGGAAGGCAAAGUACGAAACCGACUGUGCUAACCUGCAGGCGCUUCACAACCAGCAUACGGAGACGUCGAAGCGUGCCGAGCAGUUAACCGCCGAGCUGGAGGAGGCCAGCAACGACCUCGUCAGCAAAAAGGCAGAGGUCGCCGAGCUCUCCUCCCUCGUGGAGGACCUGAGGCAGUCCGAGAAGUACCUGCAGGAAUCGAUCACGCGACGCGAGGACUCCCUAAAGGAAUGGCAGGAGAAGCUGGAGGCCAAGGAGGACGAGCUAAACAGGCUCCACGCAGAGUACGACAGUGUCGUUUUCAAAAACGGCAACAUGGAGGCCGAGCACCUCGUCGAGCUGGAGCAGCUGCACGAGAACAUGGCCAAGUUCCAGACCAUGCUUGAGAACCUCAGCGUGGAGAACGCCGAACUCAAGGAAAAGCUCGCCCAGACGCCCCAGCCCGACACCAAGCCACCCGCGACGCCCCAGUUCAAGCAGGAACAGGCCACGCCCAGGAAGGAGGACGCGACCCCCGCGCAGCGCACACCGGCUCCCGCCGAGCCGGACCCCAAACCCGAGCACGCCAGCCCGGCGUUGCCGGACCCCCAGCCCGCCCUGGCGGCCCGCGUCCGUGAGCUCGAGGCCCAGCUUCUGGAAAAAGACAAAGACACUACCAGCCGCCUCCAGAUGCUCGCCGAGGACCUGUAUGUCCAGUACUCCUCGAAGCACGAGCAGAAAGUCAAGAUGCUGAAGAAGAGCUACGAGGUCAAGUACCAGGAGUCCAUGAACAAGCUCCACCUCGAGAAUUCCGCCCUCCUAGAGGAGGUCUCCCAGCUUCAGGCUAAACUGGAGGUCGAGCGCCGCGAGAAGCAAGAACUCAUCAAGCUGCUAGAUAAGUAG